AGGCUCCGCCUCCCCGCGCUCUAACUGCCAGGCGCCGCCGCUCGAGGCGCCCCAACGGCUAGGCCCCGCCCUCACGUGCGUGCGCGGCCCCGCCGAGCCGUGCGGGCGCCCGCGUACUCACUGGCUGAGGUGGCAGAGACCCCGCCAACAUGGAGUUCUCGCAGAUGCCGGAACUCCUGGGGCUGUCGCUGCUGCUUGGGCUGCUGGCCCUGGUGGCGACUGCGGCGGUAGCGCGGGGGUGGCUGCGCGCGGAGGACCGGAGCGGCCGUCCCGCCUGCCAAAAAGCAAAUGGAUUUCCAUCCAACAAAUCCUCAGGAUCCAAGAAGCAGAAACAGCAACAGCGGAUUCGCAAGGAGAAGCCUCAACAACACAACUUCACCCACCGUCUCCUGGCUGCAGCGCUGAAGAGCCACAGCGGGAACAUAUCUUGCAUGGACUUUAGCAGCAAUGGCAAAUACCUGGCCACCUGUGCAGAUGAUCGCACCGUCCGCAUCUGGAGCACCAAGGAUUUCCUACAGCGGGAGCACCGCAGCAUGAGAGCUAAUGUGGAGCUGGACCACGCCACCCUGGUGCGCUUCAGCCCUGACUGCAGAGCCUUCAUUGUCUGGCUGGCCAACGGGGACACCCUCCGUGUCUUCAAAAUGACCAAGCGGGAGGAUGGGGGCUACACCUUCACAGCCACCUCAGAGGACUUCCCUAAAAAGCACAAGGCGCCUGUCAUCGACAUUGGCAUUGCUGACACAGGGAAGUUCAUCAUGACUGCCUCCAGUGACACCACUGUCCUCAUCUGGAGCCUGAAGGGUCAGGUGCUAUCCACCAUCAACACCAACCAGAUGAACAACACGCAUGCUGCUGUAUCCCCCUGUGGCAGAUUUGUAGCCUCGUGUGGCUUCACUCCGGACGUGAAGGUUUGGGAAGUCUGCUUUGGAAAGAAGGGGGAGUUCCAGGAGGUGGCGCGAGCCUUUGAACUAAAGGGCCACUCCGCGGCUGUGCACUCGUUUGCCUUCUCCAACGACUCGCGGAGGAUGGCCUCUGUCUCCAAGGAUGGUACAUGGAAACUGUGGGAUACAGAUGUGGAAUACAAGAAGCAGCAGGACCCCUACUUACUGAGGACAGGCCGCUUUGAAGAGGCGGCAGGCGCCGCACUAUGCCGCCUGGCCCUCUCCCCUGACGCCCAGGUCUUGGCCUUGGCCAGUGACAGCAGUAUUCAUCUCUACAACACCCGGCGGGGCGAGAAGGAGGAGUGCUUUGAGCGGGUCCAUGGCGAGUGUAUCGCUGACUUGUCCUUUGACAUCACUGGCCGCUUUCUGGCCUCCUGUGGGGACCGGGCGGUGCGGCUCUUUCACAACACUCCUGGCCACCGGGCCGUGGUGGAGGAGAUGCAGGGCCUCCUGAAGCGGGCCUCCAAUGACAGCACCCGCCAGAGGCUGCAGCAGCAGCUGACCCAGGCCCAGGAGGCCCUGAAGAGCCUGGGUGCCCUCAAGAAGUGACUGGGAGGGCCUGAUGCAGAGGAUUGAGCAGGAGGGAUCUGGCCGCCUGCUCACAGCGCUGCCGCCACCUUUGUUCCCAGGUGGAAGCCUUUUGGAAGGGGUCCCCUGGUUUUCCUACCGGUGGCCUUUUUCCUGUGGAAACUACUGUUGCCUACUUAGAUCUCUCUCUCUUUUCUUGCUGGCUGUCACUCCUCCCCAGCUAGUGAGCAAGGUGCUUCUCUUCCUCUCAGGCCCAGUGGGUGGAAUCCACCCCCACCCUGUGCGGAGGACAGUGGUAGCGAAGAGAGAGAGAGAACAUGAUUUUUGGCUUUGUGGCAGCACUUCCCCACACCCAAAGAAGUUUGUAAAUGUUUCAGAACAACCUAGAGAACACCUGAGUGGAUGGGAGACUGGGAUAGCUUCCUGUCACAGAACUGUGCUGUGGGGUCGGGGAAGGCCGAUCUCCAUUGAGUCAAGGCUCCUAACUCCGUCAAACAAACACUAAGGGAUUUCAUUCUGGGCCUGAGUUCUGUUUGUAAGAUGGAGAAUAAUUCUAUCUGUGACCUGCUUGCAAAGAUGAUAUGAGGCUUAGAGAGUGUAAAGUCACUAGGUCUAGAAGAAAAGUGGCAAAGAGUCAUACUAUCGUCCAAUGCAUUAAAGUGGUAAAAAUGGGAACUGGUGUGCUUUGAAACCAAAUCAGACCCACAUUCCUUGGGAAGGCAAAGUUUCCUGGGACUUGAUCGUACAUUUUGUAUGGCUGGGGCUCAUCUCUUUGGGAGAUGAUAUCCUGUUAGGAGACCUCUUUUCAGUUCGUGAGAUACUUGAGUGCCUACUCUGUGCCCAAAUAAAUAUGUCCUGGGGA